UCCAGGGCGCCGCAGAUUAUCACGAAGCCGUACCUGCAUGCGGAAUAGAUUUUAUGAAUAUACACAUGGACAUCAGAAACUGUACAAUACACUCCGGUUCAAUGAUGUGUUCGUGAAUGAACGCUCAAUAGAGAUCAACAUGGGAGGUUUUCGCGCUAGAUGGCUCACCCGGGUAUUCCUGUUCAUCUUCGCAACCCUAAUAUUGGGAUGGCUGAUCACACCGGAACGCCUCGACAGGAACAUUAAUUCACUAAAAAUGUUGGAAAUGGGAAAUCGGGUGUACCGAGAUGUGUUUUUAGACUUGUUGAAAACAUUCAUAGAGAUAGCAGACGAGUUGGAGUUAGUCUGGUUCAUCCAUUACGGGACUCUGAUUGGCUCCUGGCGUCACCAUGGUUUUGUUCCAUGGGAUGACGAUAUUGACAUCAUUGUCAAUAUAUCUCAAAAGGACGCGCUGCUGAGUAAGAUUAAGUCGAUGAACCCGUAUUACAUGGGAGAAGACGGCAUUCCUAUCGUCAAGUUUUAUUCGAACAGGUCAACUCUAAAAGUUCCAAAAUCUUAUCAUAAAUGGCCGUUCAUAGACAUUUUGUUCUUCGAGGAGGACGACGAUGCAAUCUGGGACAACCUUAGAUACAUGAAUAACAUCCACCUGCAGAAAAGUGACGUCUUUCCGCUCCAUAAACGUCCAUUCGAAGGUUUUUUGGUCAAUUCGCCAAGACGGCCCAUGAAGUUACUUGUCAAAAUUUUUCAUUCGAGUGAUCCUGUGAAAUGCGCGACGGGAGAAGGGAGUCACAGACCAGGGAGAGAUAUGCCCUCCGUAGAGGUGACCUGCGAGGCCCUUAAAAACAUAUUCCCCUUCGUACACAGGGAGUCUGUCGACAAUAUCAUGAAAGAAACGUUGAAACUCGGAGAUAGGGCGCUUCAUACGAAGUACGUGGACGAGGAAAAGGACAGUCUCACUCUACCAUACUCAUUCAAACCAGUUAAUUAUGUUCCUGGGUUAUUAACAAGACUAGAAUAUUUGCUUCAUUUGCGAUUGUAUAUAACAUGAAUGAGAAUAAAUAACAUUGUACUUGUUAAACCAAAGCAGUUGUGAGAUUUUCAUAUGUUUUUCCACUUCUUCUUAGC